CCAGCACUCGCCGCAGCUCCCAAUGCUGCUCCGCCGCUUCCUCCUCCGACAACCACAAUAAUGGACGCAUUCCAGUGCCGCCUUCACUUCACGCGGCUGAUCUCGAACCUCACUGCCUCUGCCGUAGCUGCAAAGCAAUGCGCCCAGUUUGCGCUUAAGAAUCGCGAUGUAGACGAGGACCUGUUUAGCGUCAUCCUCGAGCAACUGCAGUCGAAAGAUUGCUCCAUGAACGUCCGCGUCAAUGUUCUCUACUUCAUCGAAAGCCUGUGCGAGCAGAGUCUCAAGAUGGAUCACUUGACGUAUGUCAAGAUGAUCCAGCGAGACCUGCCGCUGAUUGUCGACGCGGUUACGCCGAAUGAUCCGCAGGGCGCCGCGAACGCCGAGACGGUCCGGAAAGUCCUGCAGAGUCUCAAUAGGAAAGGCAUCGUUGAUCGCAAGACACUGAAGGAUAUGACCGAGAUGCUGUCGCAGCGAGAGGCAGCGCACAAAGCCACCGACGAGUCUUCGGACGACACUGUGUCUGGUGACGACGAUGACGACGACGAUGACCCGCCUGGGCGGCAGAAGAGGCGGCGGUUCUCGGAUACUCUUAUCCAACAGCGGAUGGAGGAGGAUCGUGAGAGGCAUAAACGUCUUCGCGAAAACAUUUGGCAGGUUCUGGCACCUGAGCUGGGCUUGGAAGACCCCGAGUUUGAUAAGGCGUGGGAUGAGGCGAGUGAUUUAAACUCUGAUGACUACGAGAUCAUGAGGGAAGAAAAAGAGAUUCUGGCUUCCUCUAUUGCUUGAUAUUAUGUCUAAUGUACUCGUAAUACCGUUUUUUUGUUUGUGUGUUUGUAUGUUUGUUGUGUCGGCGUCGGGAUUGAGAAUAAUGAUACUGGUCUGGUACGAAAUGCAACUCAGUGCAAGGUC